AUGGGAGAUCAAAAUCAGCUUCUUAAGGAUUUCGCAGCCCCAAAUGCUCAAGGCACACAGUCAAGCAUUACAAGGCCCAAUGUUGAAGCUAAUAACUUUGAGCUGAAACCAUCACUGCUCUCAAUGGUUCAACAGAAUCAGUUUGGAGGAGGUGCUACUGAAGACCCGAACCUCCACCUGUCAAUUUUCUUGGAGUAUUGUGACACUUUGAAACUUAAUGGAGUGACCAAUGAUGCUAUUCGACUCAGAUUAUUUCCGUUCUCUCUAAGGGACAAGGCUAGGGCUUGGUUGCACUCAUUGCCAGCUGGGUCCAUCACCACUUGGGAUCAAUUGUCCAGAGCGUUUCUUGCAAAGUAUUUUCCUCCAAGUAAAACAGCACAGAUGAGGAACCAGAUCACAAGCUUUGUACAGAAGGAAGGAGAGUCACUUUAUGAAGCUUGGGAACGCUACAAGGAAUUAUUGAGGAUGUGCCCUCACCAUGGACUGGAGAAGUGGUUAAUUGUUCACACCUUCUACAACGGGCUCACUUACAACACACGGAUGACUGUUGAUGCUGCUGCAGGAGGAGCUUUGAUGAACAAAACAAUAGACGAGGCAUACACUCUCAUUGAAGACAUGGCUCAGAAUCACUAUCAAUGGGCGAACGAGCGUGCUCCUCAGACAUCAAAAGGAGGCAAGUAUGAAAUAGAUGCUUUAGACCAUAUAUCCUCUAAAGUUGAUGCUUUGUUUAAAAAAGUUGAAGGUUUGAGUAUUAAUUCUGUGGCGUCUACUUCAAUUUCAUGUGAGAUAUGUGGCUAUGUGGGUCAUUCUGCACUUCAAUGUCAAUUAGGAAACCCCCCAUCCAUUGAUACUUCUGGUAAUGAGCAAGUUAACUAUGUUAAUAACUUUAAUCAGAAGGGAGACCCAUUCUCCAACACUUAUAAUCCGGGGUGGAGGAAUCAUCCUAAUUUUUCUUAUAGAAACCCACCUGGAAAUUCCAUGCCCGCAUCUAAUUUUGGUCCUCCUGGUUUUUGUCCCCCUCAAUCCAAUUUCCCUUCUCAAAAGUCAAAUUUGGAAAAUAUGAUGAAGAAGUUUGUGAUGACUCAAUCAAAAUUGAAUGAAGAAUUUAAGCAACAACUACAAACCACGAAUGAGGUAGUAAAACAAUUGGCCUCUAAGAUGGAUUCCCUAGCUACGUAUAACAAGAUGUUAGAGACACAAAUCACUCAAUUAGCGCAAAAUGCUAGCUCUUUCUCUAGGCCUUCGGGCAUGCUACCUGGACAACCUAAGACGAAUCCCAGAGGUCAUGUGAAUGCUAUAACCCUUAGGAGUGGAAAACAAUACGAAGAACGUAAGAUGAAGGAAAAUGAUGGGGGAGAUGGUCAUCAUGAAGAGAAAACUAAAAUUGUGAUAGAUGUGGAUAAUGAGACCCAGAUACAGGAAGAAGAAAAAGUUGAGAAAUAUGUGGCCCCCGCUCCUUACAAGCCUCCUCUACCCUUUCCCCAAAGGUUAGCUAAGGCUAAGUUAGAAAAGCAGUUCGGAAAAUUUUUGGAGAUUUUGAAAAAGUUGCACAUCAAUAUCCCGUUCACUGAAGCUAUUUCUCAAAUGCCUUCUUAUGCUAAGUUCUUGAAAGAGAUCCUAUCUAACAAAAGGAAGUUGGAAGAAUACGAGACUGUGGCCCUUACUGAGGAGUGUAGUGCUAUCAUCCAGAAUAAGCUGCCUCCUAAGCUUAAGGAUCCAGGUUCAUUUUCUAUUCCUUGUGUUAUUGGUAAUGUCUCUAUUAACCGUGCUUUGUGUGAUUUAGGUGCAAGCGUCGGUAAGUUCUUUAUCCCGGUUGAUUUUGUUAUUUUGGAAAUAGAAGAAGAUUCUAACAUUCUAAUUAUAUUAGGAAGACCCUUCCUUGCUACUGCAGGUGCUAUAAUUGAUGUUAAAAAUGGAAGGCUCUCUUUAAAUAUUGGAGGGGAGAUGGUAGAAUUUGAUUUAAGUAAUACUAUGAAACUCCCUCUAACUGAUAAAAUUUGUUACAGGGUCGACGUCAUUGACAAGUGUACACAUGAGCAAAUUGCAAACAAUAACUCAGCUGAUCCACUUGAGAAAUGUUUGGUAAGUGAUGGUUCAAUAAAUGAUGAAGACCCCGAGGUAGCAGCGUAUGCUCAAUCUUUAGAAUCAACAUCAACUGCUCCACUUCGAAAUGCAAAGCUUGAAAGAUUGAUACUAGAGCCAAAAGGUUCUAUUUGUGAAAAGGAUAAUGCGCCAAAGGUAGAAUUAAAACUCCUUCCUUCCUCUUUAAGGUAUGAAUUUCUUGGCACUGACUCUACUUAUCAUGUGAUUGUGAUUGUUUUUGGUGGCUUGAUUACCACUUUAGCUUACGGGAUGGGUUUAGGAGAAUUUGUAGAUGGACUUCAUCCAUUAAGCCCUAGUGCGUCCAUUAACCUCGAUGCUUGUCUACAUAUGAAAUUGAUUAGUAAUAAGGGCAAUAGGUUAUGGUUAUGUUUUCAGGAUAAUUAUCUUUUCCCACUCCCUGAUCCUGAUCGCACGACCAUCCAUGUUCACGCCAAUUGGUCCUCUCCGUGA